AACAGCAGCUCGAGGGAUCACAUCAGUCAGAGAUUAAGUGACUAAGUGAUCGAGAAUCAACUUGGAAGAUGAAUUUCACCACUUUUUGGUUUGCUUUGCUGUUUUGCGGCUUGGUUCUGGCCCAGGAUGAUGGUAGUACUGCUGGAACAGAAGGAAAUGUUGAAGUACAGUCAUGCUUUCCUGACAUGUGUGAUCUCCUGAAAGAGUUCGGUGCCAUGACAGAAAAACUUAAAGCUAUGGAAACCAGGCUGACGGACAGUGAAACCAGGCUGACGAUCAGUGAAAACCAGAUUCUGGAACUGAAGAACAAAGAAAGAACCAAGGUGAUGUUCAGUGCAGCAGUCGGAGCAGCAGGAGCCCUCGGACCCUUCAACACAGACACAACUUUAAUCUACAGAACAGUGAUUACCAAUAUUGGUAAUGCUUACAAUCAACACACAGGUAUCUUCGUCGCACCGGUUGCAGGUGUUUACUAUUUUACCAUCUUCUUUCACGCUGGAGGAGAACACGAGGCAAAGCUGUACCUGUUCAAGAAUGAUGAACACAAGAUCACGACCCACGAUCACAAGUCAGACUCUGAGACAGCUGAUAAUGGAGGAAACGCAGUGUUCCUGCAGCUGCAGCAGGGAGACCAAGUGUUCGUGAAACUUGCUGCAAACUGUCAUGUUUGGGGAAGUAAUUAUCAUACAACUUUCAGUGGUUUCCUGGUUUCUCAAAUGUAAAAGAACUGAUGCUCAGUUUAUUCUUUCAUUACUGCUUGAAGAUGAAUGAUCUGAGAUCAUUACAUAAAUGCAUCUGUUAGCACUGUAUUUUAAACGCUGAUGAAGCAGAAAUAGUCUGAAAAUGACACAAGUCUUCUUUAUACAAUGCUUCAUUUAACUCUUCUAACUGUAAAGUUAACAGUUAUGUUGAAAACAAUCAAAUAAAAGCAGAUGAAGUUGCUCCCACCACAUUGUUUGGGUGUUGGUUUUUCAUUUAUCGUGUUGUUUUUCUUACAUUGCUGAUUGCUGUACACGUUUUUAAUCUUUGAAACCCACAGUAAAGACUAAUAAAAAUCGUUUGCUGCAACAUUCAA